AUGCAGACCCAAAUGCAUAGCCCCAUGCAAUAUGAGAGCCAUCUUUCCAACAGCCCCAGUCACAACAAGUUCUCCUGCCCCCCAGAAGAGGUUGAGAUGAACAACACUUCGGAAAGUUGUUCCAUCUCGUCAAAUUGUGGCGGUCGAUUUGGAUCGGUGCACUCGACCUUAGAUGACCACGAUGCCACGGACGACGACAUGACCUUCUGCAUGUCCAACUAUGCCAAGGAGGCCCUGAAGAUGAUGUACAUGAUGCGGUCGCACGGCAUGCUCACGGACGUGGUGCUCGAGGUGAAGAAGGAGCUCUUUCCCGCCCACAAAGUGGUGCUGUCCGCCGCAUCGCCCUACUUCAAGGCCAUGUUCACGGGCGGACUGAAGGAGUCGGAAAUGUCGCGCGUCCAGCUCCAGGGGGUCUGUCCCACGGCCAUGUCCCGCAUCCUCUACUUCAUGUACACCGGCCAGAUUCGAGUGACUGAGGUGACCGUGUGCCAACUGCUGCCGGCGGCCACCAUGUUCCAAGUGCCAAACGUAAUCGAUGCCUGCUGUGCCUUCCUGGAGCGCCAAUUGGACCCCACGAAUGCCAUUGGCAUCGCCCACUUUGCCGAGCAGCACGGCUGCGUUGAGCUGCAAAAGAAGGCCAAUGUGUUUAUUGAGCGGAAUUUCACGCAGGUGUGCCAAGAGGAGGAGUUCCUGCAGCUUUCGGCCUAUCAGUUGAUAGCGCUGAUCCGCCGAGAUGAACUGAAUGUGCAGGAGGAGCGGGAGGUCUACAACGCUGUGCUCAAGUGGGUGAAAUACGACGAGGACAAUCGGCACUGCAAAAUGGAACACAUCUUGGGCGCCGUGCGUUGCCAGUUCCUCACGCCCAACUUCCUCAAGGAGCAGAUGAAAAACUGCGAUGUUCUGCGAAAGGUGCCCGCCUGUCGGGAGUAUUUGGCCAAGAUCUUCAAGGACUUGACGCUGCACAAGUGUCCGGGUGUCAAGGAGCGGACGCCCAACACCACACGAAUGAUUUUCGUGGCCGGCGGCUUCUUCCGCCACUCACUGGACAUCCUGGAGGCCUACAAUGUGGACGACAAGACGUGGACGACACUGCCCAAUCUGCGCAUUCCAAGAUCCGGCCUGGGCGCCGCUUUCCUCAAGGGCAAGUUCUAUGCGGUGGGAGGCAGAAAUAACAAUAUUGGCUCCUCCUACGACUCGGAUUGGGUGGAUCGCUAUAGCACCGUCAGCGAGACGUGGCGUCCCUGCGCUCCGAUGUCCGUGCCACGCCAUCGAGUGGGCGUGGCCGUUAUGGACGAGCUAAUGUACGCCGUGGGCGGAUCCGCGGGCAUGGAGUACCACAGCACAGUGGAAUACUAUGACCCAGAACUCGAUCGCUGGACCCUCGUUCAGCCGAUGCAUGCUAAGCGCUUGGGUGUCGGCGUGGUGGUGGUCAAUCGGUUGCUCUACGCCAUCGGAGGUUUCGAUGGAAACGAGCGUUUGGGCAGCGUAGAGUGCUAUCAUCCGGAGAACAACGAGUGGAGUUUCCUGCCACCGCUACAAACGGGUCGCAGUGGAGCGGGUGUGGCGGCCAUUAACCAGUACAUCUACGUGGUGGGAGGCUUUGAUGGCACCCGACAACUGGCCACUGUGGAGCGUUAUGAUACCGAAAACGAUACCUGGGACAUGGUGGCACCAAUCCAGAUCGCACGCAGUGCUCUCUCGCUGACGCCGCUGGACGGAAAACUGUACGCAAUUGGUGGAUUCGAUGGAAAUAACUUCCUGUCCAUCGUUGAGGUUUACGAUCCGCGAACAAAUACUUGGACGAAGGGAACGCCGCUGAAAUCGGGAAGAUCUGGUCAUGCGUCGGCGGUUAUUUAUCAGCCAGCUUGUUCGACCACGUUUAUGGACUACGAAGAGAGCGACGCUCCACAGCCAGAUGGAGGUAACGACCAGGGAAGGCAUGGCACUUCACCACAGAAUCCGUGCGGCAGUGGCAGUCCGCAAUAUGGAAACGCGUCCAAUAUGCAGUUUCACACUUCAUUCGGGAUGAGCGGCUGCAAUAAUUGUGACUCUGAAGUAGACGUAAAGCCGGAAAUUCCUCCAGAACGACAUAGUUUUCAAAUACCCGCCAUUAAAUCCGAGGAGCUGAACAAUCCGAGCUGCCCCUGGGCCAGAAUGCAGGAAAAAUUCCGAAGGUGUAACCCAUCGCCAUUCAAGCAGAAGGAUGGAACCCCAUUGGAGGUGCCGCUUCAUAAGUUCGACAAGGCGCGAAAAGCAUGUUUACUGAGCACAGCGGCGAAAGUGUUUCAUAGCCACAUCGAAGGGCGUCUGCGAAAACUCACUACGGCAGCCACAUGACAAUACGAAUCCGAACCUCACGCCUAGCCACAACCAAAAACAUCAUUCAUUGUACAAAGCCUGAUCGUCGUAUCCCCAAGAAUUCCAUGUUGAGAAGGAGCAUUCCAUUGAAGUAUAUUGCUAGUGUGUUCGCUAGGUGAUAUUUAGUCAAACCGUUUUUAUGGCAUCCAUAACAUUAACUGGCGCUCGUCAGCCCAAUUUAUAAAGAUUGAUUAGGGUUAAUAGUUGAUUAGUGGAAGGAAAGUUUCGUAUUUUAUGUAUUUUUUAGGCAUCCAUACUGAUAACUUGCAUAUUGUACUUUUUUUUUAGAUUAGAAUUAUCAAAGGAGUUAUGUGCAUCCAUAGUAAUUUAUAA